CUCUCUAAGACUUAACCCAGUUCCUCUGCUUGAAAAAUGCCUGCAAAAUUCCAUCACACCUUUGCGGGGACCACUUUGGGUCUCUAAGGGAGAAGGUUUCAGCCCCUUAGGAGCUAAGAUGUACAUCCAAGGAGUUCUUUUGGCCCUGUACCAACGAUUAAAGUCUACAAAAAAAUAUUAUAAACAGCUGAACCUGGCCAUGAAUGAACAGAAGGAAGAAAUUACAGAAAAAGUCAUUCUUUCAAUGACAGCAAAGGAACACCAUAAGGAACAGGAAGAAGUGAGCAGGCUGAUUGAUGAAUUGCAGACAGCUAUCAAAAGCAACAGAGGUCAUCUCUCUAAACUUGGCCCCCAAUUACAGGCUGAGCAGGAGCAAUUCUCCUCUUAUGUCUACCAACACAUUAAAAGCCUUCCAGCAAACACGCUUGUCCCAGGAGGCCUGCAGCUCAAGGUAUUUGAAAAUGGUAAAAACACUGGAGAGAUCUCUGUUGGUAUCAGGAAAAAAGAUCUGGGAUCUGAUAGCCCAAUUCAGACUGACCAUAUGAUGGAAAGAUUACUUCUCAAGAUUCAUCAAAGGCUUCGAGGUUCUUCCAUCAACCCACCAGGCCUCAAUUUUUCCUCAAUGCGGCUUUUUGAUGAGAAUGGCCAAGAAAUUAAGAAUCCACUUUUGCUGAAGAAUGAGCAAAAAAUUUGGGUCUCUUAUGGUAGAGCAUACAGAUCUCCACUAAACCUUGCUUUGGGUUUGACCUUUGACCGAGUGAGUGCAUUUGCCAGAGGUGACAUCAUGGUUGCAUAUAAGACCUUUUUGGAUCCUAAUGCUGUUCUGCUACCUGGAUGUGGCAAUUGGGAAGUUUGUGAGGGAUUUCCAAUUAAUUUCAACUGUACCAGUCAACAGAUACCUGACCAGUUUGAAAAGGUGGACUUGGAGAACCAUUUUCUACAGAACAAGACCUUUCUCCCCCUCUCUAUUCAUUGGAAGACUGGAAUGAUCCUGAGUCGAGCGAUAACUCAGGGCUGCCUGGCUAUUGGUCAUCCUAUCAGAGUCAAGGCUGCUGAGGGAACAUCACUAGAAGGAUAUAAAUUAAUCCUACAGAAAAGACGUAGUGGAGAUGAAUCUCAGAAGUGGGUGUUUGGAACUGAUGGUUGCAUUUAUUCAAAGGCUUAUCCUCAGUUUGUUCUGACCUACCUAGAGGAGCUAAAUGCACAAGUAGAUGUGACCCAGACAGAGAAUCACAUUCACCAUGGUGCCUGGACCACAGCUCAUCAGGAACAUGGCAGAAACUUAGAAGAGGUUCUGCAAGAAAGUGCCAGCAACCCUGGUCUGAAGCAACUGCCAGAACCCUCAGACACCCAUUUAAUGCCAGAAGGUUCUCUUGAGGAGACAGGGCAGCUGACAGUAGCACUGGUGAGGAAACUGGAAGAGAAACAUCCUAAGGCUUCUGCUCAGAGUUUAUCCAAAGGAGUCCUUUACUCUUAUUUAAAUGGAAUAGGGGGUGGAGAAGGACUGGGACAGCCAACAAAGCAUGCUGACCCAGCUUGUCACCCAGUGACCUGUGAGAAGGAAAUAAUGAACUGUGAGUAG